GUCCCCAGACGCACAGCAGCCCGGAGUUCAGAGAGAGGAGAGUUUAGCUGUAUUCUCUUAUCUUACACAUCGAGGUAAGAGGAUACAAAACUAUGGAGGUUAUCAGAGAUGAUCAGAGAUUAGUUUUAUAGAGGGAUUUUCUACUCGCGGAGGUUUUAGGACCUCACAGUUUUGGAAUAAUCUUUUUUUUUUUUCUUAACAUUUACUUUUUAUUUUUUAAACUUUGCAUCAUCCUCUGUCGAAAAAUGUCUUAUUUUGGAGUUUGGAUUACCGCAAUCUGGAUUUUACUUUUUGCCAUUUUUAAUGUGGCUUUUUCAAGCUACUCUGAAGACCAAUGCAGCUGGAGAGGCAGUGGUUUGUCCCAGCAGCAGGGCAGUGUGGAGCAGAUCUCCCUCCACUGUUCUGAGGGCACACUGGACUGGCUGUAUCCCAAAGGGGCCCUGCGCCUCACCCUGUCACCCCGCCUGCCCUCCAUGGCGGUGGGGCCUGGUGGAAGCAGCUCCGGCCUCAUCACGGCCUGUGUCAAGCCCUCAGAGCAGUUCCACGGAGCCCAGCUGUACCUGGAGAGAGAUGGCGUCCUGGAGCUCCUGGUAGGGGAUCGACUUGAGUCCUCUCCCCCACCAAGGGUUCGUUGCUUCAGCCGGUUACCUGGGGAGAGGGUGGCUCUCUUCCUGCAAGCUACACCUCAUCAGGACAUCAGCAGGAGGAUCGCCUCCUUCCGCUAUGAACUGAGAGGGGACUGGACCGCUCGUCUGUCGCUGGACUCCAACUCCAUCAGCACUGAAGAUGCCUGCCGACCCUGCAACAACACCGAGAUCCUGAUGGCCGUUUGCACCAGUGACUUUGUCAUACGAGGUAACAUCCGAUCAGUGGUGGAAGAUGAGAACCUAAGAGCAGCAGUGAUCAAAGUCAGUGCUACCCGGGUGUUUCGGCAGAAGUACGCCCUGUUCACCGGCAACAGUCGCAUAGCCAGCCAGGGUGAGGUCAGGACUCUGCUGCAGUGUGGCGUCAAACCGGGGCCCGGCAGCUUUCUCUUCACCGGGCGAGUCCACUUUGGGGAGGCCUGGUUGGGUUGCGCUCCACGCUACAAGGACUUCCAGCGGGCUUACACUAUAGCCAAAGCAGCCCAGCAGAUACCCUGUGAACUGCCUGUAGACUGAAUUAAAAAAAACUCUGCAGCAGAUUGUCUGCCACUCAGAGUUGAGGCCGUACUGAAAGCCAGGCCAAACUCAGCCCUGUUCCAUGUUUCGGAAGAAACCCCAGUGUGCAACUGUUGGCCGAUGUAGCCAUGGUGCCACCAACGGAUAUCGUCUUCCCAAAGGACUGAGGAGUGAAAUGGACUUUUCCCAACUCCAUUUCAGUGCAAUAUGCAGUCGCCAGGUCAGAAAGAACCAGGUGGAGUUGUGACAUGAGGGACGUGGCUGAAAUGAAGAUUAUAAGCAUUUGGCAUUGGACAAUUUGUACACACUGUGAUGCCUUUAUGCAGGUUCAGAGAAAAUCUAUUGAAAAGCUUUCCAUUCGAGAUAAAUUAAGUCAAGCCAUUUAAUUCAGGCCUAUUGAGAGUCAUUGCUUAGAAACUCAGGAAAAUUUAUUAAAAGUUCUAUAGAAAGCUCACCGCCUAUUAGUUGGUGUCCCAGUGAGGAUACACCUUUUGUUCUGAAAAUGUCUGACCAUGGGAGAGUGAUGUUUUGACCUCUGCACCAGGGUCAUCCUCAGUGUUACUAUUAUUAAGGAGAUUAUAUAAAAAAAAAAUCCUAAAUGUUAAAAGAAAUAUAUUUGCACUGAUAAAGGAAAGGGAAUGAUCUGGAAAGUGUGAUGCUGCAAGCACUGAAAACCAAAAAAAAGCAACUAUAUGUAGCAUAGUGGGGCGACUGAGAAUUUAAUAUAUGUACAGAUAAUGUGAGCACGUACAGUAGGAACACAAAGCUAAGGCUACCUGAGCAGCUUUCACAGCUCUAACUAGUGCUGAAAGCACUUUCACUCUAGCCAACUCUGAGAUUUUGCUUCUGUAAUGAGAUGCAGACUUUUAGACAUUUUUUUUGUAAGACAACAUACAGUUCAUUUCAGUAGCCGUGGAGAAAAUUAACUAAUUGGAUUUAACUGUGAGAGACUAUUUUCAAAAAAUAUGUCGGGGUGGAAUUGCAGCAGUGUUGCCAAAGCAGCUCUGAGUUUGGUUGUUGUCAGGUCAUUCACUG